CAAAUCUAGCCACACCAUCAAUAAAAACUCCAUAGAACCAUCAAUAAUUUUCACUUAAUUCUUCCAUUUUUUCACUAUGGAGAAAAAAACAUUACUUCUAAUCAUAUUUUUCACUUCGAUGAUAAAUUAUACACUUUCAAAAAAAAUCGCAACGAAAAAUAAACUUAUUUGUGAAAAUUGUGGCAAAAUCCCCGUGCCUUAUCCAUUAAGCACGGCGCCUAAUUGUGGCGAUCCAUUAUACAAAGUAAGUUGCAAUGCAGGUACACUAUGGUUCGAUGCGAUGAAAAAUUCAUCUUACGUUAUUUCAUCUGUUACCCCACAAAUUCAACGAUUAGUCAUUAAACCACCUACCCCAUACCCUAACACAUGUCUAUCGUCUGAUUUUCGCUCCGAGGGGAUCCAACUUGACCCGAAUCUACCAUUCAACAUCACGGCUAGCAACGUAAUAUUGUUGUUAAAUUGCACGGACUAUAUGUUGCACUUGCAAGUACCGAUAAAUUGUUCAUCGAGUUGUGUGUGUCAUCCUUAUGUUGAAAAAAAUUUAGAGUGGGGUGCUUGUAGGAAACAAAGUUUGUGUUGUACAUUUAGGACAGGAGGGUCACAAAAUGAGUAUAUGAUUAGGGUUCAUUCACAAGGGUGUAUGGCAUAUCAAAGUUUUGUUGGAUUGGAUAGUUCAUUGCCAAUUGAAAAAUGGCCACAACCUGGGCUUGAAUUAAUGUGGCAAAUUCCAGAUCCACCUAUUUGUAAAAAACAAGUGGAUUGUGAUGCAUUGAAAUAUUCUAGGUGUUUGGUUGAUCCGAAAGAUGUUAGAAAGAAGAGGUGUUUUUGCAAGUCUGGACACUAUUGGGAUGCACAAGGAUAUUGUCAAAAAUGUCGACAUGGCACAGCUUGCAAAAUUCGAAGGAACAAAGCGCCUCUUAUCGCAGGUUCUUCAGUUGCUGUUAUAUCAGUGGUUCUCAUGGUCUUAGGUGGAUUUUUAGUCUACAGACGUUAUCUAAUAAAAAGAAGAACAAUAAGGUUACUUGUCAAAGAAAGAGAAGAAAUAUUAAGUGCAAAUACAAGUGGAAAAUCAGCUAAAGUUUUUGCUGGCAAAGAAAUUAAAAAAUCAACAAAUAAUUUUGCCAAAGAAAACCUUUUAGGCACUGGUGGAUUUGGUGAAGUAUUUAAAGGUAUUUUAGAUGAUGGUACUAUAGUUGCAGUUAAAAGAGCAAAACCCGGUAACGCUAAGGGCACGUUACAAGUCCUUAAUGAAGUUCGAAUCUUGUGCCAAGUGAACCAUCGUGGUCUAGUAAAAUUACUCGGCUGUUGUGUCGAGCUCGAAUUACCUCUUUUAAUUUACGAGUACGUACCUAACGGUACGCUUUUCGAGCACCUCCACGUGUUCCGUCUCCGCGGGCAGGCCCCACUUAGUUGGUUGAGGCGUCUCGUGAUCGCUCAACAAACCGCGGAUGGGCUCGCGUACCUACACUCAUCGGCCGUUCCGCCGAUUUAUCAUCGCGAUGUCAAGUCGAGUAAUAUUUUACUAGACGAUAAGCUCGAUGCUAAGGUUUCGGACUUUGGACUAUCGAGAUUAGUCGAGCUGAGUGAAAGUGACAAUACUCAUAUCAACACAUCCGCUCAAGGUACAUUGGGGUAUCUCGAUCCUGAAUACUAUCUGAACCUUCAACUGACAGAUAGGAGUGACGUUUAUAGUUUUGGAGUUGUGCUUCUAGAACUUUUGACGUCUAAAAAGGCGAUUGAUUUUAAUCGAGACGAGGAAAAUGUGAACUUGGUUGUGUAUAUGAAGAGGAUCAUGGAUGGAGAAAAAUUGAUGGAUGUAAUUGACCCUUUCAUUAAAGAUGGGGCAAGUAAAGUGGAACUUGAGACAAUUAAGGCUGUAGGAAACUUAGCAUCAGCUUGUUUAGAUGAUAGGAGGCAAAAUAGGCCAUCGAUGAAAGAAGUAUCUGAUGAACUGGAGUAUGUUAUUGGUAUUGUUAGUGGCCAGGCUUCAAAAAGUUAGAUGGAUUAUUGUAAUUUUUGGUUUAGUUAAUAGAAUAUGAUGUCAUCUUUGAUUUUGUUACAAGCUAACUAAUUUUGUUUUUUUACAUAUUCACAACAUGAAUCUUUUUCUUCUAACAUUAUAUAUUUGUAUUGAUCUAAAUUUGAAAUUGUCUCGAUUUUAAUGAACAUUCAAAGGGUGUUGUCUAGGGAUUAAUCAACGGUGUGGAAUAUGAUUCAUGAGUUUUCAAGUUUGAAGUCCAAUAGAGACAAGAAUACUAGGAGAUUAUUCCUUCUCAUCUGUCUGAAUCUUGGUGGAUAGAUAUAUCAAGUAAUUGUGUUAGUGGGAGAUAACAAAUACCAAAUAACACUAAUCGUGAUGUGUGCAAGUUGAUCCUAACACCUCGAUUAUAAAAAAAAAAUCACAGUUUAAGUUACCCACAGCAGGUUGUGAUAAUAAAGACUUUAAACAGAUGAGUUAUUAUUUGUUAAAAUGAAAUAAGAGAAGAGAAAAUAACUUGAAAUAAAAAAAUAAUUUAUAAUGGCCCAUGCAGGUCUCGAACCUGCGACCUUCGCGUUAUUAGCACGACGCUCUAACCAACUGAGCUAAUGGGCCAAUACAUUCAUGGAUCCAUUGAUUACUAAUAUAUAUGUAACUUUUGUUACUUAAUAAAGAAAAAAAACCCACACCUGUUUUUUGAUGUAACAACUAUACUCUUAGGACUGAAAUCAACACAGAUAAUGCCUGUAGUGAAAGCAUUUGCAUCAACUUGUCAAAUUUAUUCAAAGCUAGAACAUAAUUUUUUAAAAAAACACGUUUUUCCUGUUUGUUUCAUCAAUGAGAAUGAAGCAAUGUAGAAUUUUAUUUACUUUCUUGAUAUUUUGAACCCGUUAGUGAAAAUCUUGACUCCAUACCAAGUCCACUUCUAUCAAAUACUGCUGCAGUACUACUACAAAAAAUUAAAAAAAAAAAACAACAAAAAUAAGAGUUUUACAACCAAAUGCGCGAAAACAUCAGGAGAGUACUAAAUUAAACACAGCUUUGUCAAGGAAAUCUUUAUGAUGUAGCUAUAACAAGGUAACCUUUCACUCCUGAAGCAGGGAAGAUAGAUACGUAGCUGAAAGUAAGCAAGAGAUUUUAACACAAGACGAGGCCGUUUCAUCAGAAUUUACUACAAAUACGAAUAAAUACAUAAAUUAAGAAAAA